CCGCCGUCGAAGAGCCGCCGCAUAAGAAGAGGAAGCCGUCUCCGUCGCCCAUCCUCCGUGGUGGCGCUGGACUGGGGGAUCUAUGUAAUCGGUGGAAGCAGAGAAGGAGAGCCCCGUUGUUGCGAUGUCUUGCACUUGGAUUGUCGGGCUCACACUUGGAGCCGAGCCCCUUCCAUGGGAGUGGCCCGAGCUUCCGCCGCGGUCGGAGUCGUAGGCGGGAAGAUCUACGUGUUAGGAGGCUGCCGGGACCGAGAUUGCUCCAAGUGGGCAGAGGUGUUCGACCCAAAGACCCAAACUUGGGAUUCUUUGCCGCCACCGCCAGAAUGUAUACGGGACACUGUGUAUAUUCACGAAAGUGUGGUUGUGAUGGAGGAAAAGGUCUACGCAGUGGAUGGAAGAUGGACAACCUUUUACUACUCGCCGAGGGAAAACAAAUGGGGAAGAGGGAAUACGAUUCCGCCGCAGGGAAACAAAAGAGAUUGGUGUGUCAUUGACAAAGUGAUCUACGCUUGUGAUGAGCACGGGGUUUUGAGUUGGUGUGAGGUAGAGCAGUUGGAGGGUCCACCAGAGGGGAUGUAUUGGAGGGAUGUGAAGGGUUUGGGCUCUCUGAAGGAGAGUCUCUCUAGCUCCAGACUGGUCCACUUUGAUAGCAACCUCGAGGCUCUGUGGGAGAGGGAAAAGAUCAGGCGUGGUGUACAGGGAAAUCUCGUAGAUAAACUUCCGGGAGCGAGACUCUGCAAAUCUGGUGGCAACAUUGUGGUCUUCUGGGACAAGGGGGAUCUUGACCCUGAUGAUAUUUGGUGUGCAGACAUUGAGAUUAGGUGUGCAGAGAUCUCAUUGCAGAGACGAGGAGGCGAGAUUUGGAGCAAUGAGGAGUGGAAUAACACUGUCAUGACCGUUAAUCCUUUCUCGGAUCGCUACAAGGUUAGGGAGAUAACUUCACUGUGGCAGACUGAUGAACUUAGACGCACGACGGAUUCUGUGGAGAAAACCGUAAGAUGCAAAAUCGGCGGAUUUACCAAAAAAUGUCAUCCAUGGAUCUGCGAGAACGGUGUUGCGCCAGAUAGAGCACUUGAUCCGGCUGUUCUGUCUCGUCUCAAGCAGCUCUCUGCAAUGAAUAAACUAAAGAAGAUGGCUUUGAGUUUACACCAGGUUAUAGCUGAGAGCCUCUCGGAAGAAGAGAUUGCUGGCUUUAGAGAUAUGUUUUCGUCAAUGGAUACUGAUAACAGCGGUGCAAUCACAUUUGAUGAAAGACGCAGAGUCAUCUAA